AUGAGCUCGCCAGUGUGGUUGAUUACGGCAACAUCUGGGGGCUUCGGUAGACAAAUUGCUCUAGAAGUUCUCAGACGCAACCAUCAGGUGAUUGCGACAGCUCGAGACGUGUCUAAAGUCGAAGAUCUUAAAUCCGCAGGGGCAGACACAGCUUCACUCGACGUGACCGACAAGCUGGAAAACAUACAACGGACCGUCUCCGAGGCCGUCUCGAAGUUCGGUCGCAUUGACUACUUAGUCAACAUUGCAGGAUACAUCCUCGAAGGAGCCGCUGAAGAAGCUUCGCCGGAGGAGACGCUGCAGCUGUUCAACACCAAUUUCUUCGGCACGCUCAACGUCACGCGGGCAGUUUUGCCGUACAUGCGCGCGCAAAGGUCUGGGACAAUAGCCUUGUUCGGGUCGUUGGCGUCGUGGAGAUCAGGACCCGCAUAUUCACUCUACAGCGCCACCAAAUGGGCGUGCUCUGGCAUCGCCGAAGGCCUGCGUGCAGAGACGGCGCCGUUCGGCAUCACGGUGACCGUCAUUGAGCCGGGCGUCUUUCGCACCGGCUUUCUAGACCCUGGCGCAAAGCUCAAGACCAGGUCGCAGCUGAAGGACUACGACGAGACGGCAGUCGGGCAAGUAAGGCAGGCUUUGAACAAGCCCAACAAGCAUCAGCCCGGAGACGUCGUGAAGGGCUCCUUGGUGAUUGUAGACAUUCUGACGAGAAGCGGGGUGGCAGCAGGAAGAGAAGUUCCCGAGCGCAUUGUUCUCGGCAGCGAUUGUGAACAAGCGAUACGAAAGAAAUGUACAGAUACUUUGGCGCUUUUGGAUGAGUGGAAGGACAUUUUCACGUCGACCGACAAUUGAAAAGGCCAGUAGAGCUCCUCGGAGGAGAUUUGAAGGAUUUUCGUUCCACAGUGAAUAAGGAGUAUUACUGAAAAUUCUAGCUGCCUAUCGAAGCUGCCAUAUGAUGAUCUCUUCUUCAUCAUGGCAUCAUUAGCAAAUCUAAACAAAUAG